GAUCUAACCACCCAACGGAACCCGCCCGUUUCAUAGAUUAGUUGGAAUCCUAUAACGUUGAAAACCGCAUCUCAAUUUCGAAGAGCAGAAAAAGAAAACUCCAAAGAAAAUAAUCGAAAGAUGGUUUGUAUAGCUUGCCUGUUGCCGCUCUUCCUCGUCCCGAUCGUCAACAUUUUGCCUCUUCUUUUCGAUUUCAUCAUGGGUAAAAUUUACAGGCUUCUUGGGUGGGAAUACCGUAAACCGGAGAGAGCACCGCCGGCGUGUCCGUAUAAACCGGCUGCCAAACUGGAAAACAAUAGUAAAGUGACCCCAGAAACAGAACCAGGUGCACCAGAGUCUAGUUCGAAACCCGUCGGUAUGACCAAUGGCAAGCAGGAUUGAUACUGAAAGCUUUUCCAUGGUACUAAAAUCAGACAUAAACCCUUUUGAAGAUGUACUUCUUAAGGUUGUUAAUUGGUAGGGGGGAAAGAUCACUCUAUAUGUUUUUAUUAUACAAUAUGAACACAGUUAAGCAUUAAAGCUGAAAAUUUGACGUGGUUCAGAUAAUAA